AUGGCCGAGACGGAAGACGCAGGCGCCAAUCCGGUGAACGAACCACUCGAUCUCGUGCGACUCUCAUUGAACGAAGUGGUUUUUGUCAAAUUGCGAGGAGACAGGGAGUUGCAAGGACGGUUACACGCAUAUGACAGCCAUUGUAACUUGGUCCUAGGCGACGUCACCGAGACGGUAUACGUGGUAGACGAAGACGAUGAAGCCGAGAACGUGCGGACGGUGAAGAAGCAGUCGGAGAUGCUGUUUGUGAGAGGUGAUAGCGUCGUCCUCAUAUCGCCACAGCAAUGA